AGGCGCGCGCUCUUUUUCUCGGGGGCGUUAUUCCGUCCGUUGUGAGCGUCCCGCGCUGUAGGGCUCACGCAUCCUUCCCCCCUCCCCGCCGUCCUUCCUCUGGGAAUCUUGCUGAAGCGAAGGGAGAGACCCCCGCCAAGAACAACAGCAACAUGGAGGACAGCAACAUGGACAUGGAGAACAUGGGCUCCUUGCGGCCUCAGACCUUCCUCUUCGGUUGUGAACUAAAGGCAGACAAGGACUAUCACUUCAAGGUGAAUGAUGAAGAAAAUGAGCAUCAGCUGUCAUUAAGAACAGUCAGUUUAGGAGCUGGUGCUAAAGAUGAGUUGCAUGUUGUUGAAGCAGAAGCACUGGACUAUGAAGGCAACCAGAUUACAGUCACACUGGCAUCCUUGAAAAUGUCAGUGCAGCCCACGGUUUCAUUGGGAGGCUUUGAAAUUACACCACCUGUAAUCCUCCGAUUGAAAUGUGGCUCUGGGCCUGUCUAUGUCAGUGGUCAACAUCUUGUGGCAUUAGAAGAAGAGCCAGAAUCUGAAGAUGAGGAAGAAGAGAAGGUUGUGAAUACUUCAGCAAAGAGGCCCUCCAAUGUGACCCUGAGUAAACUUCCACAGAAAAAAGCAAAACUGACAGAAGAAAUUGAUGAUGACGAUGAAGAGGAUGAUGAUGAAGAUGAUGAUGAUGAUGAUGAUGAGGAUGAGGAGGAUGAAGAGGAAGUGAAGACUCCAGCAAAAAAACCGGCCCGUGAUUCUUCUGCGAAAAACACACCAAAAUCAAACCAGAAUGGAAAAGAUUCUAAGCCAGCGACUCCAGCUAAAACAAAAACUCCAGAAUCUCAUAAGGAGAAGAAACCACAAACUCCAAAAUCACCAAAACCCUCUUCUCUAGAGGAGAUGAAAGCAAAAAUGCAGGCACAAGUACAAAAGGGAACUGUUCUUCCUAAAGUGGAAACCAAGUUUGUGAAUUACGUUAAGAAUUGUUUCAGGACAGAGGAUCAGAAGAUUAUUCAAGCACUCUGGCAGUGGAGACAGACUUUGUAAGCAAGAGGCUUAAAACGGUUCCUUCCACCCCCCACCCAGUUUCAGUCCUGUAUGUUUAACCAUUAAUAUCUGGCUGUCCUUUUUUUUGUAAAUGCUAAAGCUUUCCCUGCAGAGUCUGAUUAAUGUUGUCCAGAACGUUUUGCCAAGAAUGUGUUGUUCAAAAUGCCUGUUCAGUUUGUAAAGACGAGGAUUUCCACCCUUUGGUUCAUUUCAAAUAUGUAUGGAAUGUUUUGAUAAUGCAUAGUAAGUGGUGAUCAGACUGAUGGAAAUGAUGGGGAGACUAAAUGUGAAAAUAAAAUGCAGUUAUUUUGAA